AUGAUGUAUCUUUCUCUCGUUUUGCUCGCUUCCGCCGUCGCCGCCGAUCGCUACCAGUUCAUCGUGGAGUCUUCCAACGACAACUACAAUGGCUUGUACCUCUACGCCAACAAGGAGGCCAGGUCAGGCAAUGAUUAUGUUUUCCUCAACGACCAGGGCAUUGGCUUGGAGUACAAUGAGGACGAACAUUCUCUCGAAGGCUGGGACCUGAAGUUGGCCACCUUGGGACAGUAUGUGGUGAUGGCCUCUCGGGGAGAUGGUCAAAGCGAAGUUCUGAUUGAGGACGAUUACCUUCAGUUGGGUCUUAAGACUUGGGCUUGUGGUGUUACUCAGGACCCUAAUGGCUAUGAACGGUCGAACUUGGUGUAUGCCAACGAGACCCAGCCAAGGGAGGAUUGCAGCGAAGUGAGAUUCCAUGCCGAGAAGCUUGAUGGUGACUCUUCAUCUUCGGUGCCUCCUAUCAGUCUUCCUUCUCCAAUCCCCUCGGAUUCCUCGUCAAUUCCACCAAUCAGUCUUCCUUCACCCUUGCCUACCCCUAGCGGAGGUUGGAAUACAACUACUACCACCCUCACUGACAUCACGACUUACUGCCCAACCGAGACAACCAUCACAAUUACUACUUGUGGACCACACACUUGUGAGCCAACUACCAUCACUGUGUCUGAGCCAACCACAGUCACGGUCUCGUCGUGUAUCCCCGAGGAACCUACACCUGGUCCAACAGAUGGAUCUUCCACUGUUCUCCCAACGAGUGUAACUUCUUGGGAAGACGCUGGCGUCAAAUUGACUCCUGUGUUCGGCGGCCUUGCUGGAUUGUUUGCUUUGCUUAUUUGA